CUAGGGUUGCUUUUUUGGCGAGUUUGUUUACAUAAAUAAAACCGGCUAAGCGUCUUUCACUCUUUCCUUCUUUCACGUGAAUCACCGGCGUGUAACAUUCUAUCAGAAACAUGUCUACUUCCAAAGGGUUUGAUCCCGUUUCUUUUGCUAAAGAUUUUGUUGCUGGUGGUGUAGCUGCUGCUAUUUCAAAAACAGCUGUAGCUCCAAUUGAACGAGUAAAAUUAUUACUGCAAGUACAACAUGCAUCCAAACAAAUUACUGCUGAUAUGCAGUAUAAAGGUAUGGUUGACUGCUUCGUUAGAAUACCAAAGGAACAAGGUUUUCUGAGUUUCUGGCGAGGUAAUUUGGCCAAUGUGAUCAGGUAUUUCCCUACUCAAGCUCUGAACUUUGCCUUCAAGGAUAAGUACAAACAGGUCUUCCUUGGUGGAGUUGACAAGAGGACACAAUUUGGGCGAUACUUCUUGGGUAAUCUUGCCUCUGGUGGUGCUGCUGGUGCUACUUCACUUUGCUUUGUGUACCCCCUCGAUUUCGCCAGGACUCGCCUAGCCGCUGACAUCGGUAAGGCUGGCGCUGAACGUGAGUUCAAUGGACUGGGUAACUGUCUAGCUAAGAUUUUCAGAUCUGAUGGACUUGCUGGAUUGUACAGAGGAUUCAAUGUAUCUGUCCAAGGCAUCAUCAUCUACAGAGCUGCUUACUUUGGAUUCUUUGACACAGCUAAAGGAAUGUUGCCAGACCCUAAGAACACACCAAUCUUAAUCUCUUGGGCCAUCGCUCAAACAGUUACAACUGUUGCUGGAAUCAUCUCCUAUCCAUUUGACACAGUCAGGAGGCGUAUGAUGAUGCAGAGUGGACGUGCAAAGGGUGAUCUUAUGUACAAGGGUACAAUUGAUUGUUGGAGCAAGAUUGCCAAGCAGGAAGGUGGCGCUGCCUUCUUUAAAGGUGCCUUCUCUAAUGUACUUAGAGGAACCGGAGGAGCUCUUGUGCUUGUUUUGUACGAUGAAAUUAAAAAUUUCAUCUUUUGAGCUGACUGUUAUCUAGGGUAAAAUUAUUUUUAAGGCUAAGUUAUGUUUAAAUAUUCCAUCCCAUGCAUUCCUUGCACAUUGACCAAUUUUCAUACUCAGUUUAAAUAAAUGUAUUUUCAUACUA